CUCCUCCUCCUCCUCCUCGGGUCGCCGGGACGUGGCGGGCUCUGGCCGCUGCGCUCCGGCAGAGGCUCCCCUCGCGCGCCAGCUCUGCCCAUGGCGCCCUCGCCCCUGCCGCUCUCCCGCAGCUCCCCGCGCCUCCCGCCCCCUUCCCCGGCCGCCGCCGCCUGCGCCUCCCGCCGGAACCUUUAAUGGCUCGGACCCUCCGGCGGCCCCACAGCCCGACUUGCUUCGCGCCACCAGCGGUGGCCGCCACCGACCCCGCGACGAGCGAGAGCCCGAGAGGAGCGCCGCCGCGCACGAAAUAGAAACUUGUUUCUGCAAACAUGGGUGAAGUGGAGCAGAGGUCAACAGCAGGAUCCCGCUUAGGAGUUCAGGAGAAUGCUGGGAUCAGCACUUUGGAACAUGGGCAGAAGUUGCCCACAACGCCUACAGGAAAACUUAUUUCUAUCAAAGUUCAGAUGCUGGAUGAUACACAGGAAACUUUCGAAAUUCUGCAAAGAGCUCCAGGGAAGGUUUUGCUGGAUGCCGUCUGCAAUCAUCUGAAUCUGCUUGAAGGUGACUAUUUUGGCCUUGAAUUUCUGGAUCAUAAAAAGAUAAUGGUGUGGCUGGAUCUUCUGAAGCCUAUUGUGAAACAGAUAAGAAGACCUAAGCAUGUAAUUCUAAAAUUUGUGGUGAAAUUCUUCCCACCUGAUCAUGCUCAGUUGCAAGAGGAGCUUACAAGGUACUUAUUUGCAUUGCAAGUAAAACAGGAUUUAGCACAAGGAAGAUUAACUUGUAAUGACACCAGUGCUGCUCUCUUAAUCUCUCACAUUGUACAGUCUGAAAUUGGGGAUUUUGAUGAAACCAUUGAUCAUGAACACUUAGCAAAGAACAAAUAUAUACCUCAUCAAGAAGCAUUAGAAGACAAAAUCAUGGAAUUUCAUCAUAACCAUGUUGGACAAACACCAGCAGAAUCAGAUUUCCAACUGCUUGAGAUUGCUCGUCGCUUGGAAAUGUAUGGAAUCAGAUUGCAUCCAGCUAAGGACAGAGAAGGGACUAAGAUCAACUUGGCAGUUGCCCAUACAGGCAUUCUGGUGUUCCAGGGUCACACCAAGAUCAAUGCCUUUAACUGGGCUAAAGUUCGAAAAUUGAGCUUUAAGAGGAAGCGUUUUCUUAUUAAGCUGCGGCAAGAUGUAAAUAGUAAUUUUCAGGACACAUUAGAAUUCCUGAUGGCCAGUCGGGAUUUCUGUAAGGCUUUUUGGAAGAUCUGUGUAGAACACCAUGCCUUCUUCAGACUGUUUGAGGAACCCAAGCCAAAGCCUAAACCUGUUCUCUUUACCAGAGGUUCAUCUUUUAGGUUCAGUGGCCGAACUCAGAAGCAGGUACUCGACUAUAUUAAAGAAGGAGGACACAAGAAAGUACAGUUUGAAAGGAAACACAGCAAGAUCCACUCUGUUAGGAGCCUGACUGCAAAGCCUUCAGAACAGCAUUCAGAGGUGCCAAAACAAAGCUGUAGUUUUACAUAUGUAGAUGGCGCUGAUUCCCCAGUGCUGCCAAGCUGCCAACAGGGAAAGGAAUUGAAACUUUCAGUGGAAGAUGGUGGACAACGCACAACCCCUUCCCAGAAAAAGAGUCCCAAGGAAGGCAGGAAGCUGGAUGGUGGUGUGAUGGCAACAAUGGAGGAAGAAGAGGAGGUCGUAAAGGACAGAAUGCAACACAGUAGAUCCCAGACACAGCAGCCAAGCACAGCAGGUUCUCUUGCUGGCAGCCCUCAUCUUUCAGAACUCUCAAUCAAUUCCCAAGGUGGACCAGGCAUGGCAAAUACAACCUUAUCUCCUAACUUGAGUCCCGAUAACAGGCAAGCUUCUCCAUUGGUCAGUCCUGUGCUGAAUGAACAAACUGGUGUUCGAACUGAUGAUGAAGAAGAGGUCAGGAAAAAGAGGUUUCCAACUGACAAAGCAUACUUCAUUGCUAAAGAAGUUUCUACCACAGAACGAACUUACUUGAAAGAUCUUGAAGUAAUCACAUCGUGGUUCCAGAGCACAGUGAGUAAAGAUGACUGCAUGCCAGAAGCACUGAAGAAACUCAUCUUUCUGAACUUUGAACCUUUGCACAAAUUUCACACCAACUUUCUAAAAGAAAUAGAGCAGCGCCUUGCCCUGUGGGAAGGCCGCUCUAACACCCACUUGAAAGGAGAUUACCAAAGAAUUGGUGAUGUUAUGCUGAAGAACAUUCAGAGUAUGAAGCAACUGACAAUUCAUUUGCGGAAGCACGGUGAGGUUCUUGUUGAGCUGGAGAAUGGAAUCAAGAAUUCUCGCAAGCUGGAAAACCUCUGCAGGGACUUUGAGAUGCAGAAAGUCUGUUACCUGCCCCUCAAUACCUUCCUUCUUAGGCCUCUGCACCGGCUUAUGCACUACAAGCAAAUAAUGGAAAGGCUGUGCAAACAUUAUCCACCAAAUCAUGUGGAUUUCAGGGAUUCCAGAGCAGCUCUGGCAGAGAUUUCAGAAAUGGUGGCUCAGCUUCACAGCAGUAUGCUAAAAAUGGAAAAUUUCCAGAAGCUGCAUGAACUGAAAAAAGAUUUGAUAGGUAUUGACAAUCUAGUGACUCCAGGAAGGGAAUUUAUUAGGCUGGGUAGCCUUAGUAAGUUGUCCGGAAAAGGGUUACAGCAGCGGAUGUUCUUUCUGUUUAAUGAUGUUUUGCUGUAUACAAGUAGAGGCCUAACAACAUCAAACCAGUUUAAAGUCCAUGGGCAACUUCCCCUGUAUGGCAUGAUGAUAGAAGAAAGUGAAGAGGAAUGGGGGGUUCCUCACUGUUUUACACUGAGAGGUCGGCAUCAGUCCAUCAUUGCUGCUGCCAGCAACCGGGCUGAAAUGGACAAGUGGACUGAGGACAUACAGAUAGCAAUAGACUUGGCAGAAAAUUGUAAUGGUCCAGCUCUUGAGUUCCUAGGGAGUAGCCCACCUGAUACUAAGUCCCCCGAGGAAUCUACUGUAGACCAGGAAUCAGAAGACGAUCUCAAUGCAUCCCGCACCUCGCUCGAACGUCCAGCUCCUCACCGUGGCAACACCACGGUGCACGUCUGCUGGCACAGAAAUACCAGCGUUUCCAUGGUGGACUUUAGUCUUGCUGUGGAGAACCAACUCUCAGGAAACCUCUUGAGAAAGUUCAAAAACAGCAAUGGAUGGCAGAAGCUCUGGGUGGUAUUCACUAACUUCUGCAUGUUUUUCUACAAAUCCCACCAGGACAAUCACCCUUUAGCUAGCCUGCCGUUACUGGGUUAUUCUCUCACCAUUCCUUCUGAAUCUGAGAACAUUCAUAAAGACUAUGUCUUUAAGCUACACUUCAAAUCUCACGUGUACUAUUUCAGGGCUGAGAGUGAAUAUACAUUUGAAAGGUGGAUGGAGGUGAUCCGAAGUGCUACCAGCCCUGCUUCACGAAUCAUCUUGAGUCAUGAAGAGUCACACGUUUAUUGAUGACUGAAUUCCAAAUUUUCAUUCCAGCAGUUGCUGCUUUUCUAGAGGACAUUUGAAUUUAUUUUCUCCUUUUCAAGUUUAGUAAACAAAAACAAAAAAUUGUUUCUAAAAAUUGUUUUGGAGCAGCUUUUUGUAAUAUUGCCUCAGCAGAAUUGUUUACUAUUAUCAGCCAAGUGACAGUUUCAGGUCUUGUAUUUGUCUUUUGGUGUGGUUUUUUAGCUUGUGCCAGUAUUAAAAUAUUGUCCUUGGAGUGCCAAAUGCCAAAAGACAUUUUCUUGCCUCAAAGUUUUGCACCAGGAAUAGAGUACAGUUUUUCUAGUAAGUUCUUAUUUGGUAUUCCCCUGGAAAGCAAAAUGCCUUUUCUUUUGAGAUAAACUCUCAAAAUAAUUCAUGAGUAGACUGCUGAUUUUGUAAAAGCUGUAUUUCUUAUGUUCCUUUAUUAACACCCUUCAGCAUAAACAUGCAUAAGAAGCAGUCUGAAAUCAGGGCGCUUUUCUUUCAGACCUUAUCCUUGGUGUUUCUACACAUUUUACUUUUAAACAUUAAAACUACCGACCAAAUGUGUAGUUUGCUCAUUUCAUCAUUCUGUUGAAAUGUGAACAUAUUUACUUCAAAUAUAAUCUGAAGGUUUUCUCUACUCUUCCUAGGUGAAAGUUAUGCUCAGAAACAUACAACUUGUAAUGGUUAACAGUUUACAAAAUUAUCCCGUGCAAUGUUUAGAAUACUGAUGUUUUUUGAAGGCUGAGAAGGGAAAUUCAAAAGCUAACAAAAUAUCAACAGCUGUGUACAAAAUGAUUAGCAAAGUUAAUUUGUGUUCCAGGAAAUUAGUGCCAUAAUAAGAAGCUGUGCAAACAUAAUGCACCUUUGUUUUGAGGAAUUUUUUUUCUUCAAUAUUUUGUCACAGUAUCCAGAAUGUUUCUGCACCUUUCCUACCAGUGGUACUACAAAGCAAUCCAUGUGUGUGCGUGUAAAUUUGGAAGCAAUUAGACACAUCCUUAAGACAUUCAAGUUUGUUGUGUUUCAGUCAAGUUUAGCCCAGUCAGAAGCCUGAACACCAUUUAAGAGAAUUUGACUGAGAGUAGUUUUAUUCCAGUAGCUGAAAUAAAUUUCUUGUGAACUUAUUGUAUACAGUAUGACAUCAACAUUUACCACACUCAUUUUGGAAAAAAAAAUCAUACGAAACCAUAGCCAUGGACCAUCAUGCGGAGAAAAUAUCAGCACAAUCCUAGCCCCACCUACCUGGGAAUAAGCCCCUUUAAACCUAGUGAGGCUUACCUAUCAGUGGACAUAUAUAGGAUUACACUGUACAAAUUUUGAAUAAGCACCAUCUUGCUUUAGUAGUUGUCAGUCAUAGAGAAUUCCCUCUUUCUACAAUGUGUACAAAUGUUUUAAAUUUUGCUUAUUAAACAGGAAAUAAAAUA